AAUAAAUUUAAUCGAGUCAAUGGAAAAACGUAGUACUAGGAGCAUGGCCAAGAAAUUCUCAACUAGCAACUUGCUUGGCUGCAAUAGGUGCAAGGAGAUUGAAGAUACCCAACUCCAACGAACUUUGAUUGAAAGCAGAAACGAUCAAGACGAUUACCAUCAAUUGCAAGAGCUUGACCGCAAGCUCAAACAACUCAGAGGUCAUAUAUGCAAUAGCGAUUAUGUGAACUUCGACAACUACAGCGACGAAGAGAUGCUGGAUGACUAUGAAUACGAUCCCAGGCCCAUGGUCCAGACCAGGAGCAUCACCAAGGGAAGUAAUCACAGACCAGGCACUAGGAGACGCUCCCGCUUACGAUAUGUCCAAUCGGAGGACGAUAACGAAGAAGACGACUCUAGUAUUGCCUCUGAAGACGUAGAAAGCAAUUUUUAUGCUUCGAGCAAGCCACGAGAAAAAUCAGGAUUUGUGAAAAUUUUUACAGUGAAAAGAGAAGUCCCUUCUCGCCUACAAAAAUUGUGUGAGGCUUCUAAUAGUCAUAGCCAAUUAAAACCCAGUUCUGAUAUCGACUCUGAACACUUCAGAAUUCAACAAGAAUCUAUCAAAGCUAUUCACAAAAUGAACAAUCAAAACUUUCAUGCCCAAACUAACAGAGGCGCAAAGCCAGCCCAAUUUAUAAACUUGGAAUCGAGCUCAGGCUCUUCUCAAUUCGAAGACGUCGACGACGAGAUGGAAAAAUCAAAUUUCCCCAACCAGCAGAUUCUAGAGGCAAAGAGCCACGCUCUCUCCAAUUUCCAGGAGGCUGCUGCUUCAGGCCUCAGAAACAAAGACGAGUUCGAAGUCGAUGGAUUUCUUAUAAUAGGCACUCCCUGUUCAGACUCAGAACAAGAAAAUGAACCGGAGAUCCCUCCAAAAGCAGUAAAGCCUGCUGGAAACUAUCAAAAGCCUACUGAAGACAAGAAAAGGCACUUCGCCAACAGUUCGGCCGACUUCGCCACAAAAUCAGAGCCAGACAGCAAUUUCAAGAAUUCCACGAUGGGCCCGAAGAAUUGUCGAGAAACCUGUAAACCACCUAAUUUUACAAGUGCGCCUAAGAGCAAGGAAAACCAUCGGAAUACUGUUUGCCCUCCGGAGCUGAAGUACCACCAGACUGUGGAGCAGACUCCUUUCGGAAGGACUUACGAGCCAAAGAAUGUCCAGAACCUCCCCUCCAUGAACAGCGUCAUGGAAAGGACCAAGGAGCCGGUUUAUAAUCGUUUCCAGCUUAUGAAGGGAGUCAACGGCAUGGGAGGCAUGGCCAACAUGAACACCAUGGGUUCGGUCCCCUCGAUGAACCAGGCCAGUCACAUGAACCCAGCUAUGAGUGUCGACCAGAUGGGUGGCUUGAAGCCUGGAGGUCCUCCGAACGGAGUCGGGUAUAUCAACAGCAUCAGCCAAAAUGGAGAAGGGGCUCCUUGGGCUGGUGGGUCAAACUAUUCAGUGCACUGGAAACAAGGAUACCCGGUUGCUGCACCUCCGAGCAAAUAACAAGAGGGUGGUACUUUCGAUCAGGCCCAUGAGUAUUUAUCCUUUUCCCAUGGGCUCUGGAUUUCAAGCUAAGAAUAUUAUCAUGAAAGGACCAGGCCAAUAUUUUCAUGUAUCAAGUCCCCAAAUGAAUUCUAUGUCGCCAACAUCAAUGUACCCAUUACCAUUAAACCAUGUUGUUCAGAAUCAGUUCAGAAAUUUUAAUAUGGACAACAGAUCACAGCCAAACAAGCAUAACAUGUAUGACCAUCAGUAUAAUUAAUUCAUUAAAAUUGCUGCUCUAAAAG